AUGGCCAAAGGCUCUAUUCUAGUUACCGGUGCCAACGGCGGCCUAGGUUCUGCUAUCGUUGACCAGAUCUUACAUCGUCCGUCACUUGCCCAAGACUAUCAUGGACUAUACACGGUCCGCAAAGUCGAGAACGCCGAUACUGUCAGAAAGGUACUCCAGCGCGCCGGCAAGGUGAAUCACCAUUAUGACCUCGUCCCCCUGGACCUGGCAAGCCUCGCCAGCGUGCGCCGAGUCGCCGCAGAUAUCAAUUCUCGAGUUUCGAGCGGCGAGAUACCACCUAUCCGUGCCUUGAUAUUAUCUGCGGCAUACCAAGAGCAUGGCCAGCACGACUUCUCCAAGGACGGUUUUGACAUGUCCUUCCAAGCUAGUUACCUCUCACAUUUCCUCUUGACGCUCCUAUUACUCCAGAGCAUGGACAAGGAGAAAGGCCGCAUACUGGUACUAGGGAGCUGGGCUCAUGACACUACCGAUGCCAGGAAUAAAGUGGGACCAUUUGCGGAUAGUUAUAUGCCCGAAGAGUUCCAUCAGAUAUUCAACGACCCCGAGGGAAGCACCGAAGCUGUCGCUAAGGGUAAGUGGGGUGUUGCCGCUGGGCAGACAGAAGAUCCCGUUGCUGGUAUGAGACGGUAUGGAGCAGCCAAGCUAUGCGAGGUCAUGAUGAUGCGUGAAUUGGCACGUCGCAUAUCGAAAGACCCAACCCUCUCCAAAAUCGCGGUGCUAGGCCUCGACCCAGCAGCGAUGAUGAGCGGCAUUUCACGACGUAGCGGCUGGUUGGUGCGAAUCGUUAUCAUGAAUAUCAUGGGCCUAUUCGCGCCGCUUGUGACGUGGCUAAACCCCAACGGCAGCCUGCGGACGACGUGGAAGUCGGCCGGGGAUGUGAUACACGCAUGCUUCGAUACAGACGGCGGACUUGGCGAGUACCCGAACGGACUCUACCUUAACGGCACGGAAAUCUCGGACGUCGGGCCGGAGGCUAAAGACGAGACUAAGUGCCGCCGGCUGUGGCGCGAUAGCUUGGAGUAUGCGAAUAUUAAAGAGGGCGAUACUGUGCUGGCAGAUUGGCGAUGA